AUGUGGCAGAGCAUCGGGCUGACCUUGCUGGUGAUUGUGGCCACCCUGGCCUGCGUGCUGCUCUUCAUGCUGUGCGGCUGGUACGUGGUCUGGCAAUUGUUUUUGUCUAAAUUCAAAUUCCUGAGAGAAUUGAUAGGUGAUACGGGGUCCCAACAGGGAGACAACGAGCCUUCAGAGACUGAAGCUGAGCAGGAGACUCCACCCUCGCCUCAGAGAGGUAGACAGAAAUCCGCUCGGCAGCGAAGGGCACCUACAGAAGACACAACUUAAAGUGCUCCGUUGAAUUACUGACUAGCUAUGAAUGGUUAAGCACCUCUGCACUGUGGUGUUCAGUGGUUUGAUUUUGCUGAAAAACUGACUUAAGAGGUAAUAUUAACACCUGUGGACCUUUACUUCUGAACUACCAUUGUAUGCUACUUCGGUAGAGGUUCAGGGAAGGCUUCAGCAGUGAGUCAGAUACUGGAAGAAAGGAG